AGAAAGCAGACGAGCUAUUUCGCGGAACGCGGGACCUUCGAUAUGCCAGCUGCGCUGAGAAUGGAUAGAUCUGUGGGGCUAGCUGGGAUAUGGAUGCGACCGCCCGAGCCGCUCCGGCCGGCGCGCUGGGCGGCUGGGCCGGCUAAUCGCCGUAGCUGCCGAGGAUGGGAUCUUGUGAGGACCGAGGAGACGUUUUAUACCACCCACCCAACACAGGACAAGUAAUACUUUGAAUGUUUAACCUCUAAAGUUGGAAUCAUGGCAUCACAGAAUUCCAAACAAGAACCUGAAUCAACAUUGAAAGCAGAAUGUGAAGAGUCAUGGAAGCAAGUUAACAAAAACCAAGCUGUCUUGCUAUCACAGCCAAUACAUGGACCGGUUGGAGACUCACAGAAUGCUCUGUCUGCCAUAUUGAAGAUGAAGGAAAGAUGUCUUCAAGGAGAAAUCAUUGCUGUUAAAGCAAAAAAGAUUCAAGUCUUUCAGAUUUACGACCGUGCCAUAUUAUGUUCCCCAUUUCUUAUUUCAGUGCUUCCUAAUGAUCAAGUGAUUUUAGAAUCCUUGUUGAAAGAGGAGCUGCAGAAGAAUGUUUCCCAGCUAGAGGAGUGUCUCUCUGUGGUGGAAGGGAGACGGAGAGAGCUGGAUGAUGAUCUUGCCAGGCAAAAUGAGUUAUUAUCACAACAUCAGGAUAUGAAUAGAGCUUUAGAAUCCAGAUUGAGAGAAGCAAAAGAAGGAGGAGGAAAGAAAUCAAGGCUUAGUGAAGAUGGCCAAAUAAAGAUAUUGAAGAGAAAGCAGGAGAAAGCUCGUGAAGUUCACAAGGUUCUCCUGAAUCAGAUAGGAAACUUUGUUGGAAAACAUUUCCCCUUGCCUGAUACAUCAAAAAAGCGACAUACGGAACAGAUUCAGUACAAAUCACUCCUAGAGAUAAUUGAGAUCUUGAUGAACAAAGGGAUGGAUGGUGGCACUGAUCCGUAUGUUUUCAUACAUGAAGCAUUUUGGCCUCCUUACAUAGAACUCUUACUUCGCUGUGAUAUAGCAUCCAGACAUCCACAAGACGCCAACCGUAUAAGACUGGUACCUCUCCAUCUCUGAAUAUGGUUGAUUAACUCUACAAAUCUGGAGUGCUAUGUUCACAUAGAACUCUUACUUCACUGUGACUGUGACAACAUCCAGACAUCUGUAAGAAGCCAACCGUAUGAGACUGGUUUCUCUCCAUCUCUAAAUAUGUUGGUUUAUAAACUCUGAAUAGCUUGAAUAUUAAUGUUUGAAGUCAUACAUUGCUGCAAUACCUUCUUGACAUCCCAACCAGGGGAGAAUUUCAUCAACAUUUUUGUCCGACAAGUUGUCAGAUCUCACAUCUUUCCUUGAUUUUGAUUGACUGAGAAGCAUUGUUCCUAUGGAAACUGUCGGAUAAACGUCCGACAAGUCUUUUCACGAAACGCUCACAGGCUUGAUGCCAAUUGUAUCAGACUGGUUCCUCUGAAUCCUCUCUACAUUGAAUGAUAGACCUUGAAGGGUUUAGGCUUUUACAUUGCAACAUGUAUCAAGCCUUUAUAAAUGGAACAGAACUAUGAUGGAGGUUUGCUUGCUGAUGUAUUGACCUUUGACCUGUUUAUUUUAUCUUAAUAUCAGUUUGUGGUGUGCCUGAUCAUAUAUGUAUAUAUAUAUAUAUAUUCGUCAAACAGUGUUAAUGAGCACUGAAAGAUGGUUAAUUGCCUAUCAUUUGCAAUCUUCUUUUCGAGCCUUUGGAGAAUCCAGCUGUUGUUUUUGUGGGUUUUUUUACAUUACCCAAAGCAUUAAUAUGUAAUACAGUCAAGAAUUCCUUAGUAAUAAAUAUGCACAUCAAUGUGAAAAAUAGUUUUACUGUCAUUCAGUCCCAAAAUUAUUUUAUCAUAUUUUGUUGCCUUAAAGCUAAAUGACAGUAGUUGCAGUAAAAUACUGAUUUCGUGAGAAAGUCUGUAAAACCAUGUUUAAGUAUUACUAUAUCAUCGUGGAUCUAGAUCUGGUACAGUUACAUAAACUGAACUUUGUGAAAUCAUAAUAUCUAAGCUAAAAAACGAUCACACUGAAGAUCGCCAACACAGAUUGGCACACGUGGGACAGUGUAUUAUUAUUGCUGGAAUAAAGACCCGACGGAAGUGACAGAAUCCGCGCUUAUUUUGCUUAUUUCUCACCAAUUACACAAUUUCUUCCAGAAUCCUUUGGCACAUAUUUUUUAUUCAUACAGACACUUUGGUGAUCAUUAUAUUAAAUUCUGUAAAAAGUCAUUUUGAGAUCGUCCCCACAACUUAAAUUUAUCUUUACAUUUUAUUGCUUAAUUUUAUCUGAAACAAACUGCUAAUUCUUAAUUUUUAGAUUUUAGAUCUCAGUGCAGUAUAUGGAUAUUUCUAUGGGAAUUAAAAAAUGACUGGUAUUACUCUUUCUUGACAAAGACUGCACUCAAUGGCUAAUUGAUAUCAAAGACCUCACUUGCACAUACAAAUGAAGGCGAUGUGAGGCCGCCCUCACACCGCCUUGAACAUGUUUGUAAACACACAAGUGGACUGACACCGCCUUGAAGCCGCCCCGAUUUCGGUUCACCUCUGGAGGUGGUUUGAGGUCGCCUUUGAGGCGGCAUGAAAGGCCGACUUCUCGUAUGUGUAAACACAAAAGCGGACUGAGGUCGGCUUUCGGGAGUUAAGUGAUCAUCGGGUUAAAUCAUCGAUCUAGCUAUUGCAUUGACCUAGGUAUCAUGAGCUUGUAAGUGGUAUUUUCGUCAGGAAGCGCAGGCCACGGUGCUGUAUGUGUAAACGGUGGGUUGUCACGUCAAGCCGACCUUUCUGCUUUGUGUAAACGCACUUUUGUGUUUAUUUGGAGGCGGCUUGCCGCAGGCGUGAGGCCGAGUGAUGAAAUUCGGUCAAAGUGUGAUGGCUGGUAGCAUGGUUUUAUUUUUACACCCUUUUGUGGGGAUCAGAUUUUGCAAAUCUGUUAACACCCUUGAAAAUGCUGAAUAGAUUUACAGUUUUGUUUUACUAUGUAUAGUCCAGUCAGAUGCAGUUAUGAGAAAUGAUGUAAUUGGUACAUUUCAGAAGACUCAUUUCUUCAUCUAUUCACUCAAAAUAAUACUUAUUCACAUUGAGAAUUAUGGAAAUCAGAGCAAACAAGGGUGGCCACAAUGCAGAUUCGAAUGUUAACAGAGUUGUGAUUACAUCUGCCAACUUUAACUUUCUUGUUUUUCACAUUACCAAAUUUAAAAAAAAAUUGCAAAGAGAAAUUUUAUUUGAAAUAUUAUGUGCUUGAAUGACAAUAACCAUUAUUUUGUGAUUUGUUGUUUUGUUUGUCUCUUAUUCAGCUGUGGCUGUUUUGUCCAGUAAGGUUGUUGCAUACAACCUGAAUGCAGACAAAUGGGUGGAAAGCUGUGCCAAAUAAAGAAUGACCAAAAACAUGUUCUAGAGCUGUAGGUUCCAUCAAUGUGAAGCACGAAAUACUAUCAAUGUUGGUUCCAUCAAUGUGAAGCACGAAAUACUAUCAAUGUUAUUUUUCUGUGCCAAUUUCCAAAUUUUGAAAUGUUAAAUAAGAAAAUUAGAAUAAUUAGAAAUUAGACAAUCUUUUCUGCAGAUUCUUCAAAGCAUGUAAUCAAGCUCCAUUCACAUACAAUGACAUCAUAUAAUACAGGCCAGUGAGAAACUGCAAUAAAUCCCCAAUUUCAAGGCUCUCAAAUUUGAAUGUUUCUAAAUCAAAGUCAGCAGUGUAAUGCUUGAAACUUGCAUUGUAUUCUGCUUUUUUGUGGCUUUCAAAUGAUGUAUAGGUUUAUUGACUUCCAAUGUGAGCUUUAAUUUUUAUUUGUAUGUAUGGAAAGUAUGACUAGCCAAGGAAUGUACUGGUGGUCAUAUUUUUUAUUUUGCAUUUGACAUUUCCUGCUUGAGUAGUUUAUCUUUAUAUAGAUCUCAGUUAUCUAAAAGCUGGUUUCAAUUUGACCCCAUUCCUAUCUACUUCAUUAAACUAGUUUAGUGGAAACCAAUUUAGUAGAAAUCAGUUUAAUAUGUAAUGGGGAUGCUUGAAGCGAUCUUAAAUGGUCUUCCAAGGACAAUUUUGCCGUAAUGCACUGGUUUAAGCAUUUGUGAGGACUGAGGACACAACCUUGCGAUCUUCGCACGGAAGUAUGAGAUGUGUAUGUUGGACAAACUGCUCAGUAAACACUGUGUAGAGUGCCUACGAUGCAGUUUCAAAUUUAAUGUGAAACAUGUGACUCCACUGAGAGCAUUCCCAGAGCAACAAGACAAAUUUAGUGAAGUAGUUCUGGUGAUGAGGACGUUAGCAAACCAGUUCAAGAAAGUAGUCUAGAACAGGGUCUUUUAGUACAUAGAAAGUGGCACAAAGUCUUCAAUUUUUUUUGUUAACCAGACCAAUCAAAUAGUGACGACACAAGAAUGAAUUAUAGUUGCCCCAUUCUGCCCAAGUUUUAAUCUCCAUAUUUGUUUUGACUUAUUCAUAUAGUAGGGAAGUUCGUCACCUUAAAUCAGGCCUCUGGUAUAGUACUAGAAAUAUUUUGUAGAAAUAUGAAGAAAACAAAUGAUGUAAUGAUUCUCUGAAUCUUUGUAAAUAAAGUGUUUUAUAUCUAUAUA